AUGCCUUCUUAUUUAGUAACAGGAGCAUCGCGUGGUCUUGGCUUCGGCUUUAUCCAAGUACUCUCCAGCGACCCCAAUAAUACUGUCAUCGGUCUAGUCCGCAACAAAGUGGCCUCUGACAAGAAGCUUGCUGAAGAACUUGGUUCUCCAAAUAACGUCUAUACCCUUGAGGCGGAUAUCACCAACUACCAUGCAUUGAAGGAUGCCGUUGAGGCCGUCUUGGAGAUUGCUGGAGGUUCCCUCGACUUCAUCAUCGCGAAUGCAGGUCUCAUCCCAUUGUGGUCCCAGUGGGAUGCUGUUGAUGCGCUAGCCAAAGACCCCGAACAUCUGGUCAAAGAUCUCCGAAACUCAUUCAACGUCAACGUAAUUGGAAACUUCCAUCUGUUCAACCUAUUUAUCCCCCUUGUUCUCAAAGGACAAGGCAAGAAGGUCAUUGCCAUCUCGUCCGGCAUGUCCGACAUUGAUUUCAUUCGUCAAUUUGAAAUUGAGCCAGGUCCUGCAUACGCCAUCAGCAAAGCAGGCACAAGCGUUCUCACCGCCAAGUUUGCUGCUCGCUAUGCUAGAGAAGGGGUUCUUUUCAUGAGUAUCUGUCCUGGAAGUGUCGAUAGUGGUUUCGAAGGAGAGCUGACCGAAGAGCAGAAAGAAAAGGUAGACAGGCUCGGGAGAAAGUUUGUCAAUUAUGCCCCGGACUUCAAGGGCCCCAGCGCCCCUGUUGACUCGGCCAAAGCUGUCUUGAAAGUGGCUUUGAUCGUCUAUCCUUCGAUGGCGCUAGAGAAUUUGGCGCCCGAACUUGUCUCUCUCAUCCUACAAAAUAUCGACUCACCUCGCGGGCUCCAUGAUAUGAUAUCAGCGUCGCCGUUAUGCUUGCGGGUUUUCUCCGAAACACCCCAGGAUUUUCUGUCAUCCGUAAUUCGAAAUUCUUUACCGACGGUCAACUUGGAGCAUCUUCUUGCUGUCCUGCAAAAUCCCUCACCAGCAACUAAGAGUACAGUACCUGAGUUUCUUGAAAACUAUUUUGAUCCCUCUUGGUCUUUCGAUUUCCCUACCGGAAAAGCAGAGCUUAUGUUGCUUUGCCGACUCUACAACCGAGUAACAUUCCUGAUUUCCUGUUAUACGGAGUAUAUGUACCGGCUUGGCUUUGUCGACUCGAUUCUUAUCCCCAAUUCAACAGAAUGCAUACGACUACAGAGGGCGUUUCUCCGAUUUGAGAUCUACUGUCGCGUCUUUCCAGCUGACAAUUCUUUUCCCGUCGAAACGGUUUCGGCAAACGAUGAGUUCUCUUCUAUGGAGCAAUUUGAUCUCUUUAUAAGUCGUCUCUCACCUUGGGAAGUGGAAGAGAUAGCUUGCGUCGAGCUAUACGUCACCCUUAUGAUAAGGGAUUACAUCGACGAGCUUGAGAGUCAGUUCAUGUCUACUGUUGAUAACUAUGCGACACAUGCAUGGCUUUUGCUCUCUGAACCCGAAUCAGAAGCAGAGAAAGAGACAAAGAAUAAGGUGGAAAGGAAGCUCGAGCGGGAUAGCCUUGUCGAACUUACGGCACUGGAUCAAACUAGUCUUUCGUUAUUUUCGAAAGAGGAUUUUAUCUACGAUCUUUGUACUGCUGGAAAAAGACGAUCUGAGUUGAUUCGGUCAAACUGCCGAUUUUCCCGCGAGUUUCUUCCAGAAGCUCUGAGAUAUUCGCCAACGUGGCCACCUGACCACCAAUGUGAAGAAACGGCAACUUUGAAGAAUGAUUCCUUACGCAGAAACCUUGGAUACCCUAUAUUCAACACAGUUGAGGGUGGCGAGAUAAUGUAUAAGCCAAUCACCACCACGGGCGGUCGCUAUUCAGGCGUGCGGCAACUUGGGUACGUUUUUUGGGACUCGGAGAGGAUAUUAUCUCCAGAGAUUUACAAUAAGCUUGAAGACAUGAAAUGCAUGCUUUGGCAGGACUUAACCUUUCGAUUUGAUCCAGGAGCACAAAAGGGAGCUGGAGAACGUCUAGAGGGGGUCAGAAUUCAGCGAUUGCAUAUGGAAAAGCUGGAAAGAGACUUCGGAUACAUCAGCCGCCCACAGCGGACAAGCCUGAGAAAGACCUCCCCCAAUUUCCAGUCAACUACAAGCUAG